CACGAAGCGCUCCAGAGACCGUGCUUGCUUGGGUUGGAGGUGACAUCGGAAGUGCCGGACAACGGGACGAUCGUACGGCUAAGCUUAGCUUAAGUAAGACAGGUUCAGAUACUAAAGACAUCCAAUUGCCGCCACAAUGUGUAGUCUCUACUUCAGCCGCUUACUAAGCCUGGCGUGCUUACUACUGACCAUCCGCUCAUCGACGUCAACCAUUGGCUACUUCGAAGGAGGUAGUAUUUUCUGGCAGGCUAACCAAACAAACCCACAAUUCAUCCAAAUCAACUUUCGUCUGCACUUCAGGUUGAGCUACCAGGCUUAUUUACACGAACCAUGCACCCAGGCCAAUAUCAAUGACGGCUCGACUCUGACCACAGAGGAUAGCUUCUACGUCAACAAGGGCGAAGAAGAUGAGCUUAAGGUAUACGCAUCGUACGUGUGCACCAACAUGGACCAGAGAAACAACUGGGGCACCGGGAUACAAACUUUGCAAUACGUCAUGCCACCCGGCCGGACCACAGCAACCAUCAACUACGAAUCUUGCUGCUGGCUGGGCGACAUCCAGAACAAUGGCCAAUCUGUUGAGAAUGGCAAGGGGUGGAACUUAGCCGCCACAGUCAACACGGACCACGGGGACGGUAUCAUCAACACCCCGCCCCUGUCAUCCUCGUUCCCAAUGUACCACAUCAUGGAAGGUUGCGAGUACACGCUACCCAUCCCACACUUUGAUGCGAACGGCGAUGACGUCAAGUGCCGCUGGACGUCCGAAAACAGAGAUGAGUGUAACCAUGACGACAGUGACAUCUGCGGUAAGAUCUUCUACGAUUCGAGAAAAAAAAGGAAAGUUGCUCAACUCAACCAGGAGGAGUGCACUCUAGACUUCCCAUCCAGUCUCCCUGCCGGUGUCUACGCCGUCCCGGUCAUGCUGGAGGAUUUCUCCUCCAGCGACCCCGAAACUCCUCUCAGUAAGGUCCCCGUGCAGUUCCUCGUCAGAGUCUUCGAAAGUCCCGGUUCAUGUCGACUGCCUCAGCUUGAAGUGCCCGACGAUGUCUGCUUGACGGUCUUCGUGGGCCAAGAGUUUCGAAUGUCAAUUUACGCCAUCGCCACAUCAAGCCAAUACAGAAUCACUGACAUCAUUGUGCUUGGUCUGGCAUCCCAAAUGGAAGGACCUGAUCGUGUGCAAGGGAAUGAUGCGAAAUACAAGGGGACACUUUCUUUCACACCGUCAAUGGAUCACAAGGGCAAACACUCCUUCUGCGUCCUGGCUGUAGAAGAAAACGACUUUUGGAGUGAGCAGUCUUGUUUCAGCUUGCAUGUCAUUACCGAUGAAAGCCAACGGGAGCAACUGCGAGCGCUUCCAGGGUUAUCCAAACCAGAACGAGACUCUAUAGUGGCAACUGAUUUCAUCCCGGACUGGAAGAUUCGAUUUAACCAGAAGGUAAAAAAGACAACUACCACUGCCUUCUUCCGAGUCACAAACCAGGAGAGUGGUGCCGUCGUCUUUGAGGCGGACACAUCAGGACCAGAUGUCCACAUCAAAGGGAACACCAUGACUUUCCUGACUGGCUUCUUCAUCUACCUGGAGCCUGCAACCGGGUACACCAUUCAUCUUGACAGAGGAGCGGUGGAGAGUGCCGACAACUGUAAUACACUGUCUACGGAGGCUGGGUGGGACUUCACCACAAAAAGAUUUGACGAAGCUUACAGAACGACAAAAGCAGACUGCACCAAAACUGACAUGACUGCUUAUCUCUCGAAGUUCCAAUAUGGCGAGUUCGACCCAGAGACGAUGCACCUGACUGACCCCAGGUGCACCGGGCAGGAUCACAACCAGACCCACUAUGCUAUAACCACAGGAUACGGCGGGUGUAGAACCAGCUUCAAUCGUACCAGCUCUGAUAUCUCCUUCAGCAACAUCAUCUACAUCCCCGACGUUCCGUACGCACCAGGGAGUGAAAUAACCCGCUACCCACACAGAGAAGUACAGGUGCUAUGUCACGUCCCUCCAAACUUCAUCAACACCCGACAGUUCGAUCCGGAUGUCCGCAUCAACAUAUUCGACACCAUCGAGGGAGAGGCGACACCCGACCACACCGAAACUACCACACUACGGAUGUAUAGAGACCGGAGGUUUAGGAAUGAGGCCGGUCAGCCUGUUGAUGUUCCGUUGAAUGUGAAGCUGUACUUCCAGGGUGAAUCCCAGGAUUGCCGUGGCGGUGGCGGAUGUGACGUGUUUCUGGAGUCAUGCUGGGCUACGGUCUCUGGGAAUCCGUACGACAGCCCUCGUCAUACUUUCAUAGAGAAUGGAUGCGCAGUUGCAGACACAGUCACAAUGAUGCCCACUAGUCAAUCUUGGAAGAGUCGCUUCUCUGUGAGGUCGUUUGCUUUCUUGGGAGCUAGGAUUCACGACCGGGUCAACGUGCACUGCAGUAUUGCAGUCUGUGAUUCAUCCGACAGCCAAUCAGUUUGCUCGUUAGGCUGCCUUUCACCAGUGAGUACAAGAGAAGUUGGUUACAACGAGGUCUCCAAUUGGUGAAUCGAACCAUUCCUCUGAGCAAUGCUGAGUUGUUGUUACCAGUGAAAGGAUACCAGAAUGACUGCCACUCCAACAGCAGCAUAUUUUUUUUCUCGAAUUUUCUAUUUAAAUUAGUGAAGUCAUACACACAACUGGCUUUCAUAAACAUCUAUAAAAGAUCAUAGGCCUGUGAGUAGCAACUGAAAUCGAACACAUAAGGACUCGAAAACACGGGGGUGGUUUCUUAUAAAUAUUUUUCUUUAAAAAGUACAGUGGUGGUGGUGUUGGGACUUUUGAAAGCCCAAAAUAAAAGGGCCACCUUUGAUGACCUUCAUGACUUGUUAUUUUGUUGCAAAUAAUUAGCCAUGAGCCGAACGUUGCUAUUCGAUCCACACUGAACAAAGUAAACAUGGGGUAAAUGAAGUUGAUUCAAGAGAGGGCGCUUUUGGAAGAACUUUGCACGCAGUUCGCCGUAUUAUUUACGUGUAUAUUAUACUACUUUAAUACAUCUCUAUUGACAGUGAAGGAAUCAUGUUAGUCGCCAAACCAUUGAUAUACAAAAGGCCGAAUUUGUGUCAUGCCAAAUAGUGUCCGCUCAUUAGCAUACUUUGAUAUGAUUGGACAUGCGUCCAUUACGUCACAUUUUUUUGUUUUUAAUGAGCCUUGUCAAAAGCGGUUUCUACACGUUGCAUGUGAUGUCUUCACAAGUCACUUAGAUGUUACAUAGUUAUUUAUUUUAAACUGAGGAUUCGUAGCACUUAACUCCCAUUAAUUUUACCUUCAGCACUUUUCACAUCAUGGAAAGCUUUUGAUUUGUAAUGUUUAAACCUGCAAAAAUAAUUAUGUCGAGUUUCUCUUUUAUUUGAAAUUAUUAAAACAAAAUUACAAAACAAUA